UGUUUUACGGGAUGGUCAGGACUCGGGAGCCUACCCUUUUUCUUAAACACGGAAGAGUAUUAACAUAACAUAGAAAUACCACAAUUAGCAAAGGAAGAAAUUAUUGAAGAAAGCGCUAACGACUCAACCUUAAAUUGAAAAACCCAGAAUCGUAGCAGUGAAGUGUAGAGAGAGAAGAUGAACCAGAAUCAGAGCCCUCAAACUAGCGAAGGCAAACACGAUGAUGAUGCCGCUCUCUCUGAAUUUCUCGCAUCUCUAAUGGAUUACACUCCUACCAUUCCUGAUGAAUUGGUGGAGCAUUACCUUGCCAAAAGCGGUUUUCAAUGUCCUGAUGUUCGAUUGAUUAGACUGGUGGCUGUUGCUACUCAGAAGUUUAUUUCAGAAGUUGCUACCGAUGCUUUCCAGCACUGCAAAGCCCGGCAGUCAUCUGUGGUCAAAGACAAAAGAGAUAAGCAGCAAAAGGAAAAGCGUCUUGUUUUGACAAUGGAGGACCUUUCAAGAGCUCUAAGAGAGUAUGGGGUGAACCUGAAGCACCAGGAGUAUUUUGCCGACAGCCCCUCAACAGGGAUGGAUCCAGCUUCAAAAGAUGAAUGACUUAGUGUAGUUUUUAAUCGACGAACUGUUGUACAAAUCUACUAGACGUGUAUCUUCUGCAUUUGGAACUUAUACUGUAUUCUCAAUUUCUCAUGUAUCAACGAACUGGUUACAUCCUGUAGUGGGUGACAAUUAACUCUUUUUGGCUUCUCAUCAAAUUACAAUGCUUCUGUACUAUUUUUGUUUCCUGACCUUUAUGUUAUUUUAUCAAAACUCUUUUUCUUUAUGAUCA